ACACUGAAUCACUAGAACAAAUGUAAAAAUAACUUUUCCGGAAAAUAUUUUCAGGAAAUCUGUCAAAUAACAGAAAAUAUUUUACAGGCAAUCAAACGGACCUUAAACUUUCACUAAAAACGUUUGCUCGUUUCUCGCUUCCCCAUACAACGUCAAAGAAACGGAAAUCAGUUUCUGGGAGAGUCGGAGUCCAAAGUUUAACAACGGAGAGUCCUUUGAGGAAUUGAAGCUAAUACUGAAUGGAGGGUAUUGGAGGUGAUAGGGCACCAGUGGCCUCACCUUUGCCUCAAUGGGGGCAUGAUACUUGGAGGAUGUAUCAGUAUUAUCUAGAUAAGACUACUCCUCAUACAACUUAUAGAUGGAUGGGAACCCUUGUUAUAGCAGCUAUAUAUUGUUUACGAGUCUAUUCUGUUCAAGGUUUUUACAUAGUCUCAUAUGGCCUUGGGAUCUACCUUUUGAAUUUGCUUAUCGGGUUUUUGUCUCCUCUGGUUGAUCCAGAACUUGAAAUUUCUGAUGGGCCUCUACUGCCAACAAAAGGAUCAGAUGAAUUCAAGCCGUUUAUUCGUAGGCUACCUGAGUUUAAGUUCUGGUACUCCAUGACAAAGGCUUUCUACAUAGCAUUUGUUAUGACUUUCUUUUCCUUAUUUGAUGUUCCUGUCUUUUGGCCUAUACUACUUUGUUACUGGAUUGUUCUUUUUGUCCUCACGAUGAGGCGUCAGAUUGCACAUAUGAUCAAGUACAAGUACAUCCCCUUGAACAUCGGAAAGCAGAAGUACACUGGUAAGAAAGCUUCUACGAGUGGCAGCAGCUUGUGUGGGGAUUGAAGCUUCCUAUAAUGGACUUUGGUGGGAAGAAAAGGAAAAAUGGACUUUGGUGGGAAGAAAAGGAAAAACAGCAUCGUUACGCAGUUAUUACAAACAUGAGUUAAGGAAAAAUGGACUUUGGUGGGAAGAAAAGGAAAAACAGCAUCGUUACGCAGUUAUUACAAACAUGAGUUAAGUUGUCCCCUAUGAAGUGCUGACAUCCCAGAACACGGACAUUAUUGUUUCUAUACACAUGGUGAUGAAGAUUUGGUCAAACAGAUUUUUGAGAUUAUUGGCAAGUAAUUUGUACAACACGUUAAUCGUUUCACUCGUGUGAUCUAUAUUUGUAGAAGCUAAUGGGGUGCAACUGCCAAACUGCAAUUCAUACCGACUUCCAUUUCACAUUUAUGUGCUAUUUGAAUCAAGGAAGUUUACCGCCAGGCUUAUUGUUUUUGUUCCUGGUAUUGGUACGUGUAUGUACCUAUUUUUAUGUGUUUUGAUACAGUUUAUUAAUAGUAUAUACACACGCAAAAAUGUUUUUCGUGUAUAUAUGUAGUUUGAUUUUUAUUUUUUGUAUUUUAUGUCCGUUUUAUGGUUCAUAUCUUUGGAUUCAUGGUUA